UAUAAAGUAUACAAUAUCACAGCUCGGUCUCGAUCAAAAGAAUCUCAUCUGUAGUGAGCUUGUCCUCGCGCCGCUAUCUUAACGUGUAAGGCUGUAACGGUCACCACUCUCCAUUUCUUGAAUUUUCUUGUCUCAGAAACCAACCGUGAUGGUAUCAACGCUUCUUGCAGCCUUGGCUGAGAUCGCUAGGCCCAUAUCAAUUACUUUCCUCCUGGCAGCAGCGUUAUGUACCUACUUGUUGUUCUGGGUCAUCUACACAUUAUGGUUCCAUCCCCUGGCUAAAUAUCCAGGGCCGCGUCUUGCAGCCAUCACCCAAUUCUGGUAUGCGCGUAAUUUUACAAGCGGAAACUGGGUUCCCAUCAUGCAAGAUGUGCAUAAGAAAUAUGGGGAUAUCGUCCGCAUCGCUCCCAAUGAUCUGGUCUUUGUCACACCACAGUCAUUCCGAGAUAUAUACUCGCAGCCCACCAAAGGUCGAAUGUUGUUCAAUAAGAGCCCAUACUUGUACAGUGGUAUCGGCGAGCCUGGGCUGUCCUUCAUCAUCGACCCGAAGAAGCACGCCGAGCAGCGGAAACACCUUGCACCAGGAUUCAGUACCAGAGCAUUGAGGGAUCAGGAGUACCUCAUUCAUGAAUAUACUGACCGUUUCAUCGAGCUUCUCACGCAACGCAGCAAAGAAAACGACAAUGGUAUCAACAUGGUGGAGGCCAUGGGCUGGCUUACUUUCGAUAUCGCAGGAGAACUAGCAUUCGGCGAAUCGUUCGACGCCGUCGAAAAGGGGAAGACACAUUUCUGGGCAUCUGUGAUCAUGCAAGCCAACUACUUCCAGAUCCUACCCGCCCUUCUGAAGCGCCUGCCAGUCAUCUAUCUCGCCUUGCCCUUGAUACUCCUGGACCGGAGGGCCGCCAUGUUCAGGCAGCACACGAAACUCACCCUGGAGAAGACGCGCAAACGUGUAGCCAUGGGAGACACUAACCGGCACGACUUCUUCUCUCACGUCCUCAAGAGCGACAAGAUGUCCGAGGCGCAGCUCGCCGCGAACGCCAGUGUCCUUAUCAUAGCGGGUGCGGAGACGACUGCUACUACAAUGAGUGGCGCGCUCUGCUUCCUGGCUCAGAACCCGGCGUGUCUACAGCGGUUGAAAGAUGAGGUGCGAGGCGCCUUUGGGAAUCGGGAAGAGAUCACGGGCGAUUCCACAGCGCACCUGCCCUACUUGAAUGCUGCCAUCGAGGAGUCGCUGCGCUACUGUCCGCCUGCCGCUUUCGGUCUUCCGCGUGACUCGCCAGGUGAGUAUGUCGACGGCGAGUAUAUCCCAAAGGGUACCAUCGUCUCGACUGAUAUGUUUCUCAUGUCGCGCGACCCGCGCAGCUUCGACGACCCCGAUGUGUUUCUGCCCGACCGCUGGAUUGACAAGAAGAAUCCCAUGACGGAGACUCUGAGAGGAUUCGCCUUCACCGUCGGACCGAGAGCUUGUUUGGGUAUCACGCUGGCAUACCUCGAGAUGCGAAUAGUGAUGGCCAAGUUAGUAUACACGUUUGACUGGGAGCUUAUGAACCCCGAUGUCGAUCUCAUUAGCCAGGGGAAGCUUUAUCUGCUUUGGGCUAGGCCGGAGCUCAUGGUCAGGUUUCAUGAGAGGAGUAUUUGAUUGAGUUAGGGAAGUCAUUCGCCAUGUCUAGGUCCGAUCGAGUCAUCGAAUACCUAUAUUGUGGAAUUUAAUUUUAUGUUCCCCCUUAAAUCCCUCAAAUACUGUGAUGGCCACUUACAUAUCCGUCGUGAUAUUGAAGUUGGUACCUAAAUAAGCAAAGUUCGUUCGUUUUAGAGAUUGAUCAUAUUUCU